AUGUCAUCAACAGAAGUGAACCAAUACGCACCAUUAUAUGCCCCAUUUUUUGGCUUUGCCGGCUGUGCAGCAGCCAUGAUUCUAUCUAACGUGGGUGCCGCCAUUGGUACGGCCAAAUCAGGUAUCGGUAUUUCCGGUAUUGGUACAUUUAAACCAGAAUUGAUAAUGAAAUCUUUGAUUCCCGUCGUCAUGAGUGGUAUCUUGGCCAUUUAUGGUCUAGUUGUGGCCGUUUUGAUUGCUGGGAAUAUUUCACCAACUCAAGAUUAUACUUUAUUUAAUGGAUUUAUGCAUUUAAGUUGUGGUCUUUGUGUUGGAUUUGCUUGUUUGAGUAGUGGGUAUGCUAUUGGAAUUGUUGGUGACGUUGGUGUAAGGAAAUUUAUGCAUCAACCUAGAUUAUUUGUCGGGAUUGUUUUAAUACUUAUUUUCUCUGAAGUUUUAGGUUUAUAUGGGAUGAUUAUUGCAUUGAUUUUGAAUACUAAAGGUUCUGAAUAA